UGAACUGAACCCAAAGCUGUCCACUUCUAAAACCCUAAAAAACGUACUGUUGCGCUGCUUUCGCUCUUGCUCUAAUCCUCGAAGCAUUUCAAGCUGCGUGGUUUGCUUUCUCCCUGGCUUUUCGCAUCUCCGGACAACAUCUGCAGAGGUUUCCCGGUGAUGCAUGUCACAAAUUAGUUUUUACGCGGAGUUUCUGUCAACUGUUUAGUAGCAACAUGACAGAAAAAACAGAGGGUGCGAAAAGCUUUGCCAGAAGGGACAGGCUCCUUGAGAUUGAGGCAAAAGUUCGAAAUUGGUGGGAUGAAAAGGAUGUUUUCAGGGCCGAAUCUUGUGAAAAACCUCCGGAACCAGGGGAAAAGUUCUUUGGCAAUUUUCCGUAUCCUUAUAUGAAUGGUUUUCUACAUCUUGGACAUGCAUUCUCGCUGUCGAAGCUAGAAUUUGCUGCAGCAUAUCAUCGACUAAGAGGUGCUAAUGUGCUCUUGCCUUUUGGUUUCCACUGCACGGGCAUGCCUAUUAAAGCCUCGGCUGAUAAACUUGCACGCGAGAUUCAGCAGUUUGGAGAUCCACCACAGUUUCCUGCCUCAGUGGAAGGCCAAGCUAUUUCCCAGCCAAAAGCAGAAGAGAUGAAUGGAGAGUCACCAGCUUUGCCUGGUAAGUUCAAAGGCAAGAAGUCCAAGGCUGUAUCAAAAUCUAGUGGACCAAUGUAUCAGUGGGAGAUAAUGCGCAGUUAUGGUCUUUCAGAUGCUGAGAUUUCCAAGUUUCAGGAUCCAUAUAACUGGCUGACCUUCUUUCCUCCCUUGGCAAUGGAAGACCUUAAGGCUUUUGGCUUGGGUUGUGACUGGAGACGCUCUUUUGUUACUACAGACAUGAACCCUUUCUACGAUUCCUUCAUAAGAUGGCAGUUGAGGAAGUUGAAAGCUAUGGGUAAGGUUGUCAAGGAUGUUAGAUACACAAUCUACUCUCCUUUAGAUGGCCAGCCAUGUGCAGAUCAUGACAGGGCAACAGGGGAAGGAGUUCAGCCUCAAGAUUACACACUUAUCAAGAUGGAGAUUGUUCCACCUUUUCCUGCUAAAUUGAGCCAUUUGGAGGGAAGAAAAGUGUUCUUGGCUGCUGCGACAUUGCGGCCUGAGACCAUGUAUGGGCAAACAAAUGCAUGGGUUUUGCCUGAGGGGAAAUAUGGAGCCUUUGAAAUAAAUGAAACUGAUGUGUUUAUUCUCACUCAUAGAGCUGCUCUUAACCUUGCCUAUCAGAACUUCUCCAGGAUUCCUGAGAAACCCACUUGCUUGAUUGAGCUAACUGGUUAUGAUUUGAUUGGUCUACCUUUGAAAUCCCCCCUUUCAUUUAAUGAGGUCAUAUAUUCUCUACCAAUGUUAACGAUUCUUACUGACAAGGGGACAGGGAUUGUCACUAGUGUCCCCAGUGAUUCUCCGGAUGACUACAUGGCCAUGCAUGACCUUAGAUCAAAAGCAGCUCUUAGGGCGAAGUAUGGUGUUAAGGAUGAGUGGGUAUUGCCCUUUGAGAUCAUUCCGAUAAUAAAUAUACCAGAAUAUGGCGAUAUUGCUGCUGAAAAAGUUUGUAUUGAUCUGAAGAUCAAAAGCCAGAAUGAGAAAGACAAGCUUGCAGAGGCAAAGAGAUUAACAUACUUGAGAGGAUUUACUGAUGGAACUUUGCUUGUUGGAGAAUAUGCAGGCAGGAGAGUCCAGGAAGCAAAGCAAUUGACUAGAGCCAAGCUUAUGGAGAUGGGCCAGGCAAUUAUGUAUAGUGAGCCUGAGAAGCGAGUCUUGUCAAGAUCUGGAGAUGAAUGUGUUGUGGCUUUGACUGAUCAGUGGUACAUCACUUAUGGAGAAACAGGGUGGAAGAACUUGGCAGAAGAGUGCAUAACCAACAUGAAUCUUUACUCUGAGGAGACACGUCAUGGAUUUGAGCACACGUUGGGUUGGCUGAAUCAGUGGGCUUGCUCGCGAUCUUUUGGCCUUGGGACUCGUCUUCCUUGGGAUGAACAGUACCUUGUGGAGUCGUUAUCAGACUCUACCAUAUACAUGGCUUACUAUACUAUUGCUCACCUGUUACAUGAAGGGGACUUGUAUGGUUCAGGUACUUCUCCAGUAAAACCAGAACAAAUGACUGAUGAUGUCUGGGAUUUUAUCUUCUGCAGUGGACCCUAUCCCCAGUCAUCAGAUAUCUCUUCAUCUAUCCUUAAUAAGAUGAAGCAGGAGUUUGAAUACUGGUACCCAUUUGAUCUUCGGGUCUCAGGCAAAGAUCUUAUUCAAAAUCAUUUAACAUUUUGCAUCUAUAACCACACAGCAAUUAUGUCCAGACACCAUUGGCCUCGUGGUUUUAGAUGCAACGGGCACAUCAUGCUUAAUUCGGAGAAGAUGUCAAAGUCAACUGGAAAUUUCAGGACACUGCGCCAGGCAAUUGAGGAAUUCUCUGCUGAUGCCACCAGAUUCUCCUUGGCUGAUGCUGGGGAUGGUGUGGAUGAUGCAAAUUUCGUAUUUGAGACUGCAAAUGCUGGGAUUCUCCGGCUUACAAAGGAAAUUUCCUGGAUGGAGGAGGUUCUGGCUGCAGAAUCAGUUUUGAGAACAGGUCCUCCUUCUACCUAUGCAGACAGGGUGUUUGCCAAUGAGAUUAACAUUGCCAUUAAGAUGACCCAGCAGCAUUACCAUGAUUACAUGUUUCGAGAAGCACUCAAGACUGGCUUUUAUGAUUUUCAAGCUGCAAGGGAUGAGUACAGGUUCUCCUGUGGAGCAGGGGGCAUGAACCGUGAUUUGGUGUAUUGGUUUAUGGAUGUCCAGACACGGCUUCUUGCUCCUAUUUGUCCACACUAUGCUGAAUAUAUUUGGCGAGAGCUUUUGAAGAAGGAGGGGUUUGUUGUGAGAGCAGGUUGGCCUAUGGGAGACUUGCCAGAUCUAACCCUUAAAAGUGCCAAUAAAUAUUUGCAGGACUCAAUAGUUUUGAUGAGGAAGCUGCAUCAGAAACAGAUUUUAGGAUCCAAGAAGGCUAAUAGACAGGGACCUGUGACUGAAGAUGGCAAGCUAAUAGGCUUCAUAUAUGUGAAUGAGCGUUAUGAUGGGUGGAAAGAAGAAUGCUUGAAAAUACUCCAAAACAAAUUUGACAGUAAGACCCAUACUUUUGCCCCAGACGAGGAGAUAUUGGAUGCGCUACAGAAGAGUGCCAUUGGUAAGGCUGCAGAUUUUAAAAAAACUCAAAAGCUCUGUAUGCCCUUCCUGAGGUUCAAGAAGGAUGAAGCAGUUGCCCUGGGUCCUCAGGCCUUGGAUCUCAAGCUGCCAUUUGGUGAGAUGGAGGUGCUCCGAGAAAAUCUUGACUUGAUCAAGAGACAACUUGGUAUAGAACAGGUGGAAGUUUUGUCUGCAAGAGACCCAGAUGAUCUUGCUAAAGCGGGUUCUCUGGUUUCACUGCUAAAUCAGAAUCCUCCGUCCCCUGGAAAUCCGACAGCCAUCUUCUUGACGCGUACCGGAUAGACAAGUGAGUAUCUGGUCUAUACAGAAAUGAGCUAAUGCAAUGCAAGGCUGUCCCAUGGGUUCCAACAAAGGGGAGGAAAAAAAAUUGUGUUUGGAUGGAUUGCUAGGGCUUCACAUUUGGAAAUUGGAAGGCUGGCAAAGAGAUUCAGUGGCUAUGGUUGUCUUAUUUUUAACAAGUUUCAUUUUUUAUUUAUUUUUCAUACUUCUUGUGUUAAGAGUAUAUUUUUGCUGCUGAUUUUGCCAGGCUCUUGAAAGUUAAUAUAUGUAUUUUUCGAUUGAAUCUCAUGCUAGAGAAAGUUUUGGGUAAUUGUUAAUCAUUAUUAAGCUGUAAUAGUUCAUGAUAUUUGUCCAAUUUUCAGUGACUUUUAAUUUUAGACAGGUUUGUGCUUUAGCAGACAA